AUGGGAUCAGCAGAUGAGGAAGAACUUGCCCAAGAAAGAGAGGUCAAGAAAAAGGCGACAGGGAAGGGAAAAGAGAAAUCAAGCCAGACUGAGCCCAUAAUCCCUUUCCCAGGCAGAAUGGCCAAAGAACAAGAGAAGGAAGAACUGAUUGAACUGGUGAAAAUUUUCAAAAAGGUGGAGGUCAAUAUGCCCCUUUUGGUCGCGCUACGCUCUAUGCCCAGAUGCGCGAAAUUUCUCAAGGAACUCUGCACUCGGAAGGUCAAAUACACUGAUGAUGCAAAAUUUCAAGUGGGCGAGUCCGUAUCCGCGGUCUUACAAAGAGAUAUGCCCAUAAAAUGUGGGGAUCCUGGCAUGUUCUACAUCCCAUGUGUAAUAGGAACCAUGAAGGUGGAGAAGGCAAUGCUCAAUUUAGGGGCAUCCAUCAACGUUAUGCCCUUAUCCAUGUACCAGGACCUGGAGAUAGGACCACUGAAGCCUACCCGAGUGGUAAUCCAAUUGGCAGAUCGGUCAAAUGUCUACCCAGAGGGAAUAUUGGAAGACGUUUUGGUCAAAGUGGAGGAACUCAUCUUUCCAGCGGACUUCUACAUUCUCGACAUGGGGAAGUCAAAAGCACGGGAUCCGGUUAUGCUUUUGGGCAGACCAUUUCUAAAGACUGCCAGGACUCGCAUUGAUUGUGAUACGGGCAAGCUAACAUGUCAGUUCGAAGGGGAGACAGUGACCUUCGACAUAUACAAUGCCAUGAAACAUCCAUCUGACACAGAGAUGGUGAAAAGUGUCGACAUGAUCGAGAAGGUUGUUGAGGAGGUUUUGCCCAGAACACCAUUCAAGGAGCCAUACGAUGCAAUAAUCCAGAAUGGCAUAAUCGAGGAGGACUUGCAAGAGGAAUCAUUGCAAGAGGCGGUGAAGAUGCUAAAUGCAUGGAGCGAAGGGGUCAACCACACUGAGGCUCUGAAAAUCCCUACCUUGAAGGAGGAAGACCGACUUGUGCCCUCGACCCAAAGGACACCCAAGCUCGAGCUGAAGUCUUUGCCCAAGCAUCUCAAGUAUAUCUUUUUAGGCGAUAAUGACACUUUGCCCAUAAUCAUCAAUUCAGAGUUAACACUCGAGGAUGAAAACAAAGUCAAGGAAACUUUGGUAAGCCCAGUACACGUUGUGCCCAAGAAGUCGGGCAUACAAGUGGUGGAAAAUGAAUUUCGGGAAUUGAUUGCUACAAGAUUACAAACCGGCUGGAUGGUGUGUAUUGAUUACUGCAAACUUAACCAGAAGACAAGAAAGGAUCACUUCCAUUUGCCUUUCAUCGAUGAGAUGCUGGAAAGACUUGCGGGGAAUCAAUAUUUUUGCUUUCUGGAUGGAUACUCAGGGUAUAUGCAGAUUUAG